UGCUCGGAGCUAUGAAAAGCGGCUGAGUAGCGCUGCUUACGCACUGGCUUCUUGUUCUGCUAAGAUGGCUGUGUCGUCGUUGUCGGGGCUAGCUGGGCUGCUGCUGCGGCCGCUGGGGGCCGCGGAGCCCAUAGAUCUGGGCUCGUUUCUGGGGCGGGUGCUACUGGUUUCCAACGUGGCCUCGCUUUGAGGCACAACGAGCCGGGACUUUACCCAGUUCCACGAGCUGCAGCGGGUCUUUGGGGCCCGCGGGUUUACAGUGCUCGCCUUCCCGUGCAACCAGUUCGGCCACCAGGAGAAUGCCACUAACGAAGAGAUCCUGAAUUCAUUAAAGUUUGUCCGCCCAGGCAAUUUGUAUGAGCCUAAUUUCCCUGUGUUUGAGAAAUGCGAGGUGAAUGGAGCAAAUGCGCACCCACUUUUCUCAUUCUUGAAGGAAGUACUGCCUUUCCCACAUGAUGACCCAGUCUCACUCAUGACCAACCCACAGCAUAUCAUCUGGUCUCCUGUAUCCCGCAGUGACAUCGCAUGGAAUUUUGAGAAGUUCCUCAUAGGUCCUGACGGUGUGCCUUUCAAACGGUACAGCAGGCGGUUUGAAACUAUCAAGAUUCAGAGUGAUAUUGAAAAGCUUCUUCAGCAAGUUCCAUAGAAUCAAUCAGACUGUUCUGAAAUUUCUUCUUGUGAUAAAGAGCUUCAUAGCAAUAUCUGCCUAAGUCUUGGGAUGGCUUUACAUGUUGUAGCUUUAAUAGAUGCACAUUCAAAAUCUGCAUUGCUUAUACCUGUCAGGACCAAAGUACAGACAUCAGUUUUAAGUUAAUGUAUACCACAGAAUCUUGUGCCGGGGAGCCACAUUAUGUGGCUGUCCAAUAUGUUUUUCUGUGGUAUGCACAUUUAAUUUGAAACAUUAUAGAUUAAUGCAUAUACAAUGGAGGUCUUGUAUUGCUGUAAUGUGUGAAGUGGCCCUCAACUCUUCCAGACUCUGUCCUUUCUCUGCAUUGCCUAUUUUUUUUUAUUAUUUUCUGAUUGCUUACUCUGGUAGUAAGGUUCUAUUCACUGAUCAAAAUUUUAUUAAUGAUGGUGCUUCUUCUAAACAUUUGAAAAGCACUUGAUAUGCCUGUAAAAUUUUGUGUGUGACAUAGUAAAUCGCUCCAGGGAAAAGAGUGUGGAAUUUAAACAGUUUGAUGUGAAAGCUCUAAUAAAAUGCUGGCAAUACUGA